AACGUCUCACUUGCUGACCAGUUGAAAGCAGCAGGCGGAGAGAAAGAGUGCUAGGGAGAGAGAGAGAGAGAGAGAGAGAGAGAGAGAGAGAGACGAGGAAGGCGGUGACAGAAGUGGCCUCCUAGACGUGAUGGUACUCCUUAGCCGAUGGUAUCGGCUACACUAGGCUCGCGGAAAAACGGCUACCUCGGUGUGAACGUCUGCGCGAGAUCUCCAUCCUCACCAUCUUUUGGACGAAGCUUGAAGACUCAGUCGGCGGAGAUUGUGGAACUAAAGGAAAGGAAAUCCAUGGGUUCCAAGAGUAGCGUUCCGUGAGCUUGGGAUAUAUGUCGCAUUAAAAACAGCGUCACGGAAAAUCACGGAAUUCCGCACCAAACUGUGUACAAGGCUUUAGCGUAGAAAGCAGUGUGGAAAUAGGCCUUCUGACAUGGCUGACAACGAAGAAGGUUCUGGGCUACAAAAAUCUCCAAAUGAUCCUGAUUCUAAGGAGUUACACGAGAGUAAAGCGGAGAAACAAAAUGGAAGUUCCAGCAAAUCUCCAUCAUCCCAAACAACUUACAUUCAACAGGGAAUGGAAGGAAUAAAAGUUUACUUACACGAACGUGAGUUGUGGGUGAAAUUCCAUGAAGUAGGAACGGAAAUGAUCAUCACCAAAGCAGGGAGGCGAAUGUUCCCGAGCUUCAAAGUGAAGGUCACUGGACUGAACCCCAAAACGAAAUACAUUCUUCUGAUGGAUGUCGUGCCAGCGGACGACCACCGCUAUAAAUUCGCCGAUAAUAAAUGGUCAGUGACAGGAAAGGCAGAACCCGCAAUGCCCGGCAGGCUGUAUGUGCAUCCCGAUUCUCCAGCCACAGGCGCGCACUGGAUGCGACAGCUCGUCUCCUUCCAGAAACUCAAACUCACCAACAACCACCUCGAUCCUUUUGGACAUAUCAUUUUGAACUCUAUGCAUAAAUAUCAACCGAGGAUCCACAUUGUUAAGGCGGAUGAAAAUAACGGGUUCGGCUCCAAAAACACCGCCUUCUGCACUCAUGUGUUCCCCGAAACAUCGUUCAUUGCGGUCACUUCUUACCAGAACCACAAGAUUACUCAGCUAAAGAUUGAGAACAAUCCUUUCGCCAAGGGCUUUCGUGGCAGUGAUGAUAUGGAACUGCACCGUAUGUCGAGAAUGCAGAGCACUAAAGAGUAUCCAGUGGUUCCUCGAAGCACAGUACGUCAAAGAGUGGGUGCCAGUCAAAGUCCCUUUAGCGGCGACAUUCAGGGGAUGCCUACACCCAGCAGCAUGAGCUCUCAGUACUCCUGCGAGAAUGGAGUUACCAACACCUCCCAGGAUCUCCUGCCUCAGUCCAGCUCCUACCCUUUACCCCAUGAUCACAGCCAAGACUAUCACUGCAUCAAGAGAAAAGUUGAGGAUGACUGUCACACAGAUCACUCCUACAAGAAAGCCUACAUGGAGAGCUCAUCGAGCGAAGAUGACCAUUACUACCGCCCAGUUAGCUAUUCUCAAACGCUGGGCCUUUCCACUGGCCCUUAUCGGACCGAGUCUGGACAGCGGCAGGCGUGCAUGUACGCCAGUGCUUCACAAGCCAGCGAGGCUGUUCCGAGCCUGGAAGACAUCAGUUGCAACACGUGGGCCGGCGUCUCCCCUUAUAGCAGCUGUUCCAUGCAACCUAUGGAGCGGUUGCCCUACCAGCACUUCUCUGCCCACUUCACCUCCAGCCCUCUAGUGUCCAGGUUGAGUGGAGUAGCCGGCCACGCCUCGCCACAACUGGGUGAUGCCCAUGCUAUGUACCAGGGCUCGAUGCCCCACCAGACUCUCGGCCGUCAGUGUAGCCCUGGAGCAGGAAUCCAGUCACCUAGCGCUAACCUGCAGGGGAACGAGUACUUGUACACUCACGGUAUUCCUCGUACCCUAUCGCCGCACCAGUAUCAUGCUGUCCACAGUGUAAGCAUCAUGCCUGAAUGGAAUGAGGGCAGCUAACUGGAUUCUCACACACUACAUGAAAUGUUGGAGUUGCACACACAAAGGCAUUUGUGUAUAUUUAUAUUUCGAAGCUCAUCACCACACCAGCGGUCAUGUGAUUUUUAUUUUGGACACAGAUGUUGUAACUGACUGCUUGGAUAGAUUCUAACUUGGUUCAAGUAGCAAUGAAUGUCUGAGUAAUCCAGUGUGAAUGUUGUAGUACAAGGCAGGAAAAAGAUUCAUUCAUACUAUGGGAAUUUUUUUUUUUUUUACCAUGUUUUGUAAAUUGUAUAUUGUAUUCUGUAAAUCAGAGCUGAAGAUUUGCCACGUAAUUACGGUUCAUUUUUAAUCAGAGGACGCACUUGGGACUGGCCCGAUUUUCUAUACUUUUUUAAAAAAAACAAAACAAAACGGAAAUAGAAAAGUCCAUUUUUAUAGUAUUAUUCCUCUUGAUGUUUGUGUUAUGUGUUGUUUUUGUACUCUGAAAUCCAAAAGAGAUGUCCUUAAGAUGUAGUGUUACCAGUUAGUCCACGUUCCACCAGUUCCACCAUUUGUCCCAAAGGCUUUUAUCAGUGCACACAUUCAUGUCAAAUUCGUAGAUUCUGUUUGGAGAACUGAUAUUUAGUGGGUGCAUGAAGUAGUUUCACACAUCCAAGGUUAUGGUACAAAUUUAUCGGGUGUAUAAAUUGAUUACUAUGAGAAAAAAUAUUUCAUUAUAGCAAAGGCACAUCUACUAGACACAGAGAUAUGCCAUAUACCACACACCAUAUCUUGUUAUCUCCAUUUAAUGGAUUACUUUUUAGAAGCACUAUCAUAGCUAAUGCUAGCUGCCCUGGACCAGUUGGUCCCUGGAGCUGGCAUAAUUUUGAAAUGACCCACCAUUCAAAAAACUUGGAUCAACAUGAACCCGACAGUGAAGAAGAUACAGAUGUCAAAUUGACAUUUCUUUACUUAUUAAACAACAACAACAAUAGUUCAAGGUGAAUGUUUAUAGGGAAUAAUGGUGUACAGUCACUACAUUUCUUCCUGUUAAUAGUAUUUAUUUUUGUUAUUAUGAAGCCUAUCAAGUGUUUUAUCUGCAAUAUUUGUUUGUUUGUCUUUUCUAGUAUGUAACUUUAACUUAGAUCCUUUUCUUUUCUUUAGGAACAAAACAGACUGUUUUAGAAAAUUCUGACACCUAUUGAUUGGUGACAGAAGGACAGUUUUAUGAAACAAUAUAAAAAGAAUUUGUAAAUAGAAAUACAAAUGUACAUAGAAAACAGAAUGGAAAUAAAUCUAAAUGGUGUACUUUGAAUUUGUAGUUAUUCUUGCAGUUAUAUCGAUCAGUGCUAGGAUUUGGAUGUGUGACAUGCGUCUCUAUUUAUUUUAAUGGCUAUGAAAAUGACCAACAACACUACAGCACUAUUGUCUGCUUUAUGAUCGUGAUCAUAUCCUUAGCUUAAACUGUUAUUAGUUUAAAUAGACACAGCUAUUUAGUCUGACCAGCUCUCUCAUCUCCUGCUCAGCUGGUCAUACACU